AUGAAGCGAGCGAUGACUGUGGUUGAUGAGAAAAGCAGAAGUAGACGGGGCGGCUCACAAACGAAUAAUUGUGAGCAGUCCGACCUAUUCGCCAUAGAAGUCAUUCAAAAGAAUGAAAGCACUACUUUUCUGCAGCCAACAUUUGCCCCCAAGAUGAUGCGUUUGUCAAAGUUUUUGGAGCCUUUUGAUGAAUCCUCCUUAACGGAUGAGGACGGUGCUCAAAAGUACAGUGCAUACGUUGGCGGAUUUUUAAAAGACCAACUUUCAGAUCAGUUCGAUCGUCACAAAAAUAGUGCAUGGUUUCGUGACAAAUACCACCCUGACUAUAUUGUACCAAAAGAGAAACAGAGAUCCACACUGGUGGCACGUUUUGAGGUUUUUAGGAAAAUGCGUGACGAGGGCUUUUUUAAGGGCAUCUCUUUGGUGUACAAGGAAAGAGCAGCCAUUACGAAACUUCUUGAUCAAUUUGCAAUUUUGUUGUCCGGUGGCACCUCUGAAGAUUUAGCUGAAUUGGACACUUUUGAUCCAAGUUCUCUGGCGACGAACGGUAAUAGCGUAGAUGCGAGAAGGCAGACAUCUCAAGCAUCUACAGCCAUCACAUCCCAGCCCCUAAAAAGGCGAUCAUUGACGCCUGGAUCUAGUAGGCAUUCACCAAAGAAGUCUACCAAGCGCAACCGUAAGAAGACGAGGGGUGAGGGGGAUGAUAAUAACGAAGGAAAUGAUAGCGACUCCAGCGCUUCUAGUUCCAUCUCCUCCGCUUCUUCCUCUGCCUCUGCUGCUUCAUCGCAUUCUUCGUCUUCUUCAUCGUCUUCAUCAUCAGCAGCGUCCUCGUCGCAUUCCGCGCGCUCUCGAAGUCGCAGCUCCUCUUCCGUCUCUUCCUCCACCUCCUCAUCAUCUGCCUCUUCCUCUACUUCUUCGUCUUCAAAAUCGGCGUCACCUUCAAGGGCGGACACUGUGAUACAGAAGGAGGGGAAUGAGGAAAGCAUGGAACGUAAGCAGGAGGAUGAGCACCAUAAGGAUGUCAAAGUGGGAGUGGAAGGAGCUGUUGAGAAGAUGGAAAUUGUCGAAGGGAAGGAGGAGGAAGUGGGUACCAAAGGGGAGUACUCGAAAGAGGCACCCACCCGACCUCCACCGCUUCAUGUUACGCGAGUUGUCUAUCUGCCCUACCUUCCACUCAGCGUGCAUCGUGCUACAGUUGAAACACUGCUCUCCGAACAUCCCGACUUUCUCCGCUUCGCUUGUUACGAGCCAACUCCAGUUCCAGUAGCCCCUAAUCAAUUUCUCAGUGACGGCCCCGUCUCAUCACUCGGCGCUUCCCUCAUUCUACACCGUCCAGCCUGGAUCACAUUCACAGCCACUCCCACCUCCCCUACUUCCACCCCACCUCUUGAAUUUAUCCGUCUUUUGGUCUCUCGUCUUCGUGCCGAUUCCUCCUCCUCAGUUCCCUCCGAGGCGAGCCACCUUGCUGCCGCCCUCUCGACCGCAAGCACUCUUCCCGGUCCCUUCAACUUGGACCGUGUUCGCGCUUCAACACGCCUUGCUACAACUCUCAUGGCUACUGCGAAAUCCACCACCUCUCACUUCAACCCUAUUUCCAGUAAGUCCGUAAUGCGUCGCCAUCUGGUGAUGGCUGCACGACUAGUUGGACGUUUGGACGAGGUGUGGACCCCGUGGAAACCCCUUGAGGGGCAAUCGGAUUGGUCUAUCCCAAGGUCAUCGGAGCUGGAUCCCCGAUGGGGCAGCUUGAUUGGCGCUGCGAGUGCGCUGGUCGGUCUAGCUGCGAGCACAGGAAAUCCGUUAUUGGAGAAUCUUACUGAUUAUCUAGUGGAUGAGAGUAACCCGGACGAGGAGGUAAUGAUGCUACCCGCAAGAAACGAAAGGAAUUCCACAAGGGAAGAAGAAGAGGAAGGCGAUGCUGAACUGGCGGCAGCGUUGGACCAGCUCUUGCUCUACCUCCGUCUCGUCUACUCUGUGGACUUUUACGCUCCAGCUUUGUAUCCAAGAGAGAGUGAUAUGCCCCAUCCUUGCGGUAUUUUCCAUGUUCGACCCUCGAAGCUGCCUGCAACGGCGACGGCGCCGACUGUGCUGAGAUUAAUGCCGUCACCGCCGACACCAGUCUUUGGUAAGGAGGCUUCAGGACGCUCUGCUCAUAAGGUAUUUGCUCGUCAAAUCAGUCGGAUAUUUCGAUUUGUCACUCCCCUAUCCGUGGGGACGAUAGCGAAGCUCCGAGAGACCGAGCAAAAGGAGGACGCUUCCUCCUCCGCCCCAUCGGCAACAAAUUUGGUCGAAAACGCCGAACAACAGCAACCAUCGGAGACGCGUGAAAUGGAUACAAACGAGCGUCGAUUGCGUCUCCUCGGCUAUCGGGAUGCAGCCGAGGUUGUGGAAGCCUUCAUCAAGGCCAAUACCAAACGGAAGAAGCGGAAAGUUGACGUAAUCUGGGUGUGUCCGUUGUCCGACAAGAAAUUUCGUGGCCCAGGAUUCGUGCGAAAGCACAUUUUGAACAAGCACGCGGAGAAGGUGGAGGAGGCGAAGAAGGAGAAUGCCCACUUCUUCAACAAUUUCCUUCUGGAUCCACUGCGACCCGAGUUGAUGCGUCCACCUCGAAGACGCCUUCCAGUUCGCAAAAGAAGUAUCGGUUAUACCACCGCUGCUGCAGCUCCCUCUUCUGUCUCCUCCGGAGCUGAAGACGAUGUUGGAGGUGGAGAUGUUCCACGAGGCCGUCAGCAGGCUUCUGGUGGCGGUGGCGGUCGUGAUGACCUGCCACCAUCAUCACAUUCUACACGUUAUUGGCAUUCACGUAGUAACGGAUUUGGUCGCUCCUUCAAUCGUGGUAUUUCCGGCGGAACUAGUCAACGUCGCUAUGGCCGACCGAAUCCGUGGGUCGCGGAGCAAAGGUGGGGCGGUGGUGGGAGCAGGUACUACAGAACGUGGCGAGCGAUCGCUUCUCCAUUGGGGGCUGGUAAAUCAGUACCUUCAGUGGGUUUGUCUAGUGCCACCACUGAUGUAGCUUGCCCAAUUGUUCGGGAAGACGCGAGAGGUCUGCCUAGUUAG